AUGUUCGAGGCGCUGGCUCCGACGGCUGGCGGCUCCCUCAGAGACCGACGGGCUCGCUGCCGGGGCCCGGGGGUGUCCUCCGGCGCGCCCCUCGCCCGCUCCCUCCUCCGCAAGGGCACCUCGGCUCCGACGGGGAGAUACAACUCUCAGUUCCCAGUUGACAUAAAAGCAAGUCUAUGGUUUGAGGACAAAGGGUCCAUCUGCCCCAGCGUCUUGUUUCUCGUAAUGGCAAACAGCAGCUGCUUGGGGAAGAGUUUUGAAGCCGUUACCCUUCGUCCCGUCACUACAUGCCCUUGUAAAAUGUCCCUCUCCAUCCUUUCUAUAGGCCCCCCUCCAAGCCUAGAAGAUGUUGUAGCAAUAAUGAUUCCUGAACCCAAAGGAAAAGAGAUAGUGAGCCUCCUGGAGAGGAACAUUACUGUGAUGAUGUACAUAACGAUUGGGACACGCAACUUGCAGAAGUACGUCAGCCGGACCUCUGUGGUGUUCGUCUCCAUCUCCUUCAUUGUGCUGAUGAUCAUCUCGCUGGCGUGGCUGGUCUUCUAUUACAUCCAGCGAUUCCGCUACGCAAAUGCCAGAGACAGAAAUCAGCGCCGGCUUGGAGAUGCUGCAAAGAAAGCAAUCAGCAAGCUGCAAGUCAGAACAAUCAGGAAAGGUGAUAAGGAGACUGAGCCAGACUUUGAUAACUGUGCUGUUUGUAUUGAAGGCUACAAGCCCAAUGAUGUUGUCAGAAUUUUGCCUUGCAGGCAUCUUUUCCACAAGUCCUGUGUAGACCCCUGGCUCCUAGACCAUCGUACCUGCCCGAUGUGUAAAAUGAAUAUUCUAAAAGCUCUGGGGAUCCCGCCAAAUGCAGAUUGCAUGGAUGAUAUACCUCCAGAUUUGGAAGCGUCCAUAGGAGGACCACCAACCAACCAGAUAACGGGAGCCAGCGACAUAACAGUGAACGAGAGCUCCGUAGCCCUGGAUCCCCCGGUGCGGACUGUGGGAGUACUACAGGUCAUCCAAGACGUAGACUCCUUCCCCCAGGUUGGGGAGGGUAACUUCACUACAAGCAAUGAACAGGAGCCGGCGGUCAGCAGUGAUUCAGAUAUUUCAUUGAUAAUGGCAAUGGAGGUUGGACUGUCCGAUGUGGAGCUUUCCACUGAUCAAGACUGCGAAGAGGUGAAGUCUUGAGAAGUAAACAGAGAUCCAACACUAAACUACAGGGGAGGGUCACAGGGAGGGACCGAGUCAGCUUUCCUAGGAUUUGGACCAGUCAUGCACAUGCCUCCAGAGCACUGUCACUCCUGCACACUCCAUUCUGAGAUGGUCACAAAAAGCAAUAGCAACAGUUGUGUCUGCCUGGAUGCGGUUUCAUCAUCUACAUACGUUCAUUUUGUUGACGUGGGAGAUGAACGCUUCCAGUUUAUCCACCUGCUUGAGAGCAGUCAUGUAACUCUUCAGUGGCUCAUCAAUACACAACUGAAAUGACA